GAAAAAAUGAGACUCACAAACAACGACACAGGAUAUGAGUCGCAAACCAGACUACUCUUCUUCUUCUUCUUCUUCCUCUUCAUUAGGCACAACCCCCGUCUCUCAUCUUCAUCUCCAUAUUCAUCUUCACCGGCUUCUCCAUGGCGGGUGGUGUUGCAACGGUGCAGCAUAACCUCAAGAUGCAGCCUUCUGUCUCACUCCUCCCCUCUUCUCAAUCCUCCUUCUGUGGCACCAAAUUCAACACCUCCGUUCAGUAUAAGAGGAAAGUAUGUCAACCAAAAGGCGCUUUGAACGUAACAGCAUCUGGUGCCAAAAAAAUUCUUGUAAUGGGAGGUACACGUUUCAUCGGGAUCUUUCUUUCCAGACUACUUGUUGAAGAAGGCCAUCAGGUAACUCUGUUCACUAGAGGAAAAGCACCCAUCACACAACCCUUACCUGGUGAAGCAGAUGAGGCAUACAAUGCUUUCAAAUCCAAGAUAUUACACUUGAAAGGUGAUAGGAAGGACUUUGACUUUGUGAAGACUAGUCUUGCUGCUGAAGGCUUCGAUGUUGUCUAUGAUAUAAAUGGACGUGAGGCAGUCGAGGUGGAGCCUAUAUUAGAUGCAUUACCGAAUCUAGAACAGUACAUUUACUGCUCUUCAGCCGGUGUUUACCUUAAAUCUGAUCUUUUACCACAUUGCGAGACCGAUGCUGUUGACCCUAAAAGUCGACACAAGGGCAAACUUGAGACAGAGGCGUUAUUGGAAUCAAAGGGUGUUAAUUACACUUCAAUAAGACCCGUUUAUAUCUAUGGGCCAUUGAAUUACAACCCUGUGGAAGAGUGGUUUUUCCAUAGGUUGAAAGCAGGAAGACCAAUCCCAAUCCCUAACUCGGGUUUGCAAGUAACACAACUUGGUCAUGUCAAGGAUCUUGCUACAGCUUUUAUAAAGGUGUUGGGGAACCCAAAAGCAAGCAAGCAAGUGUACAACAUAUCAGGAGAUAGAUAUGUUACUUUUGAUGGACUCGCAAGAGCAUGUGCUAAGGCUGGUGGAUUCCCCGAGCCUGAACUCGUUCACUACAAUCCCAAGGAAUUUGAUUUUGGAAAAAAGAAAGCAUUUCCCUUCCGUGAUCAGCAUUUCUUUGCGUCUGUGGAGAAGGCAAAGGUGGAGCUUGGAGUUGUACCCGAAUAUGGAUUGGUGGAAGGCUUGAAAGACUCGUAUGAUCUGGAUUUUGGUCGAGGGACGUUUAGGAAAGCAGCUGAUUUUGAAACAGAUGACAUUAUUCUUGGAAAGAGCCUUGUUUUAAGCUAAAUAUAAAUAUCAUUUUCUCCCAAUUCAUUCAUGAUUAUGGAGCAUUCAAUACACUACUUGUAUAACAAAGUCCAGUUUGUUGAUUUAUAUGAGAGAUGUCCAUUGUCUAAGAAAUGGGAAAUUGUUGUUGUGGCUAUUGAUAGUCGGGUUUUGGUACAUUUCAUCAAAACAAAAGCUUUGGAUCCCGUGGAAAACAAAAUUAAAUAAAUAUAUAUUUUUUUGAUUAACCAAAUAUAUGCGAUAUAAAUUGUCUACAUCAGACUUUAGAGUUUGGAAAUCAAUAUUAAACCUAGCUACAAAGAAUAGUAUUCUCAAAUUGUAAUAUCCCGACUCCCAGGUAUUUCUUUAUUAUUAUUUAUUAUUGAGACUUCAUGUGUGACUCGACGAGUUGUGAGCCUAACUCGUCGAGUUGAGUUUGAUUAGAACAUGUGUGUAACAGCCCAGAUCCCUAGGUAUCUUUACUUUCAUAUUUUUGAUAUUCUGUGAGAGGACUCUGCGAGUUGGAGGUCGAACUCGCCGAGUCGGGUCGCGGUUUUGGACGGAGGUUCGCGUCCGGACUCGGCGAGUCCAAGGGAUGGACUCGGCGAGUCCGCGCUGUUUAAUGAAACCCUAAUUUCCCGGUCCUAAGCCCUAUUUAAAGGAUCUUAUGGCCUUCAUUUGCGGCCACCUUGAACCCUAAGU